UUAAGGGUCUAUGCUUUAAUUUUUUUAUUGUGGCAAAAUAUGCAUAACAUAAAAUUUACUAUUGUAACCAUUUUAAGUGUCCAGUUCAGGGCUAUAAAGUAUAUUCAAUUAUUGUGCAUCAUUGUGGCUUUGAUUUGCAUUUCCCCAAUGACUAAUGAUGUUGAACAUCUUUCCCUGGCUUCUUGGCCAUUUGUGUAUCUUCCCUGGAGAGAUGUCUACACAAGUUCUUUACUCAUUUUUAAAUCGUGCUGUUUUAUUGCUGAAUUGUAAACUAUACUUUAUAUAUUCUGGAUCAUGGCUCUUUAGCAGACAUGUAGUUGGCAAAUAUUGUCUCCCAUUUGGUGGGUUGUCUUUUCACUUUUUUAGUAGUUUUCUCCAAUGCAGAGAAGUUUCAAAUUUUGAUGAAGUUCAGUUUAUCUAUUUUUUUCUUUCGUGGAUUAUGUUUCUGAUAUCAUAUCUAGGAAUGCAUGGCCAAAUCUGAGAUCAUGAAGAUUCACUCCAUGAGUUCUUCUAAGAGUUUUAUAGUUUGGCUCUUACAUUUAGGUCUUUGUUCCAUCUUAAUUUUUUAUCUAGUGUGAGGUAAGGGUAAGUCCUUUCUUAAAAUUCCAUGUCAUAUGUUUAAGAUCAUGAAAAUCAAUUUGGCAAUACCUAUAACAAAUGCACAUCCCUCUCAAUUUCCACUUCUAGGAAUUUACCCUACAGAAACAUCCUAAGGAUGUAUGUAUAAAGUUAUUCACUGCACCUUUUUAAAAAAUGCAAAGCAUUAUGGAUAACCUAAAUGGCUACCAAAUGGAAUAUUAUGAGGCCAUGGAAAAGAAUACAGGGCUUUGUGUGCCGAUUUGCAAGGCUCCCCCCCAAAUACAAUUCAAUGAAAAACCGAAUUUUUUGUGUAUAAAAACUGUAAUAUGUAUCUACAUAGAAUUGUAGAUAUGCUAUAUGCUAUGUAUGCUUAUAUACAUAGAAAAACUGCAAGUUUUCAUAAAAAUCAAGUAUAGUAGAUUCCUGUAGCACAAGUGGACACUGGGUGCGUAGACAAGUGAAGAGACUUAUUCCUGUCUACAUUUGAUCACAGUUGUUAAAAAAUGGAAAUGUAGUGCCAAAUGAUUGGAUAAAUAACAUGUUAAAUUUUGUAAAAAGUACCUUCUGAAGAAAAAGAGGAUGUGGCAAGAAAGUCACAUUGUCAUGAGGAUUGCACAAAGUUUCCUCCAGUUGAAACACAAGUAUUUUCUUGCCUGUUUUUUUCGUGACUGCCAACAUCCUAAAUACAGUCAGACCAUUGCUGAUUGAGGUUGGAGUUGUGGUCUUCGGCCAUGAAACAGAGCAGCAAACUGGUCCCUCGGAUGCGGAACAGCCCUGACCUCAUUCACACAGUAAUGAGCCAGCAUCACCCAGAAGGUUUACCCUUCAAGGAUUCUACAGGAAAAAGUUGUUCUAGAACUUCUCCCAUGGAAAGAACACGAACACUUGUGAAGACGCCGUUUCACCAUUUUACCACCAAGGACCCUGACACUGGAUUCCUUACAUUCCUAGCCCAGGGCAGUGGCGGGCAGGUGCCCUUGAAAGCCGAGACCCUCCCUACCACGUGCACAUCUGUCCUUUAGCCUGGAGCAACCAGACAGAGAUGAAAACCUCACCAUGGAUAUUCUACCCCAGUUGACUCUCACGGCAGUUUUGGAGAGCUUGCUCUUGUCUUUCAACAUUUCUAAAGUUGUCUCUUGGUGAUUUUUUCUCAACCCUUUGAAAAACAGUUGUGGUUGUAUUCUGUUUUCGCUGAAAUGGUGCCUUCCUCUUCAAUGUGAUAUUCUCCAUUGAAACAUGUAUUUCCCCUUUUCGACGCCUAUGGUUAGCUCUGCGGCAGGAGCAAAACUGGUCUCAGACAUGCAAACUGGAGGCAGGAAACCCCAAAAUACACAAUGGUGCCUGUGUGCCUUUUAACCCUUUCAGUGUGUAGUAGACCAGAUGACCUGUGCUCUCCUGUGAUUCUGAGCGAUACUGCAAAUGGGACUGGCAUUCCAGGAACAAAAGUCUUACAUGGAAAAGAUGGAGGCACACUGUGAAAUAGGGGUGAGUCAAAUUCCCUCUGUUUUUAUCCUCCUUUGAAUAUGAACCAAACAUAUCAGCUCCAUAAGUGGGAAACCAUGAAGAAUUACAGUCCUCGGAGAAGUGGUUGGGGAAAGGGGACAGGGCAGAUCAGUAUAAUAAAACCCAACUUGAGAGAGCAAAAGAACUUCAGCAAAAAGAAAGAAACCGAUCUUAGAAAUACAAUAAAAAUAUUUUAUAAAUAUAAUAAAAUAACAUCCUCUGGAUAACUCUGGAUAAAGUUACAUUUUCAAAGAGACAAACUCCAGAGUAAAACCGAGUCCCCAAAAAUGCUCUCAACAAAUUAAUGGCUUCUUUAAAAGACCUGGGAUGAGUGAGCCCAGUUGUAACCAGCACCUGGAGGAAAGCUGUUUAGCUAAGCCUGAAGAUGCCGACCUUCUCAUGAUGGAAGUACUGGAUACUCCCCAUCCUUCAUGGGGCUGUGAGGGUGAAGGGACUAGUGGGAGACUAUGAACUCCUGGCUUGCUGCUGCUAGGAAUCCCUUUUCUCCUCUAACGGAGCAGGAGCUAUGAAGGGGAAAAGAGCCGCUGUGAGCCGGCUGGCAGUUGGAAGCUCCAUUUUGCAAAUUGGGAGUGAGCUUUGGGUGGAAGUGAGGCGUAUAACCCUACUGUGCCACUCCUGUCUUGUGGUUGAGGCAAGACACCACAUGCAUCAUUUCUACUUCAACGGGAACUUGAGUCAGACUUUCUACUUUACUGUUUAAAAAAAGGGCCCUUGGUGGGGGGAGGGCUUAGCUCAAGGGUUAGAGCACAUGCAUGCACCAGGUCCUGGAUUCAAUCCCCACAGUACCUCCUCUAAAAAAUAAAAAUAAAUAAAUAAACCUAAUCCCUCCGCCUCCGAAAAAUAAAUAACAAAUAAAUAAUUUAAUAAGGAUACUUUCUUAUUAAAAAAAAGGAGAGGCCCAUCAUUUAACUUUCACAUUGGGGUCAAUUUUACCAACUGCAUUUCUUUCCCUGGGUUCGAAAACUUGGAGGCAAUUGAGGACACUUUUUCACCCGCUAGUUCCAUGUGUCAGUAAGAUGUGGCUGUUUUCCUCUUGGUGGAGUUAAGCUUUUCUUUUCAUUUUUGCAGAAGACUUAAAAGGGAGACUAAAGGACUCUGGUUUAACCUUCUACUCAUUGCAGGCUUCCUCUUAUCUUUAAUAAGAAACCACCAGCCUCUUUUUAAAAAUCUCCAGGGAUGGGAGCUCACCUCUGUCAAAGAAAGGCACUGCUUUGGCAGCUCUCUGGUUUUGUGCGUCUCCUUGCAUUUCACUGAUGUUUGCUUCCUCAAUAGCUUGGUGCUGCCCCGCUGAGCAAGGCCGAUUCCUUUUUCUCCUGACGGCCCUUCAGAUGGGAAGGACAGCUCUCAUCUUAGGGACACCCUGUGGGCUGUGUGCAGGAAGGACAUGUUGUGCCUUUCCCCGGGACUGUGGCCCCAGCUGCCAUGCUGGCUGUCAAGCUGUCACUCUCACCUGCAGUUAGCCUUGUACCUCGCUGCUAGAUUCAUCCGAAAGCAGCUUUACCUUUGUCAAGCACUUGUUGAAAAAUCACCCCAGGUUCCUUGUGUUAAUUUCAAGCCACGGCUUUUUUUUCCAACCAGCCCUAAUUGGCCUCUGAAACCUCAUGUCUCUAUUUCCCAGCAGAGCCACUCUGCUCUGGUUAGACCAAUCUGAGCAGUGGUUCCCCAGCUCACUAUGACCAUCUAUGCUUCUGACCUGAGGCUUCCUGGUGGUUCGUUAUCCAGCAUGCUUAAAGUUGGCUUUUCCAAAAUCACAGUUCUGUGUGCCUUUAAGUUUCCAUAAAGCCUAUCCUGGACAGUACUGGCUUACAGUGAUGGGACAUAUAUUUUGAAUUCUUUCUCAUAAGUGAACAUCUAAGGUCAGGUCUCCUGGGAAACAGGCUUUGAAAUGGAGCUUUGCAUACAGGAAGUUUAUGGGGAGUAGUCUCAGACACCACGCCUGGGAGGAGAUAAGGGAAGCAAGACUGGAUAGAGCAAAAAUUUGAGCCAGGAUGCAGUUCAGCAGAGGCUUCAGCCAAAUCAUGGGGCACCUGGAACUGGAGCGGGCCUUCAGAGUUGUCGUCCACUGACUCAGGGGCCAGCCUUCUUGGUCCUAUGUGGACCAGUCACUGUAUGUGCGCUGCCCCAGGAAACAGCAUCGCCUGAGCAGGCAGCUUCAUUCUGUUGAGAACAAUUUCUGGGGAGGGACUCUCCUGAGUCUUCAAGAACCAGCACUUCCAGGAUCCAGGAAAAUGAGUGGCUGGGACCUGAGGCAAAAUUGAGGUGGCAAUCCAUAGCAUCUUGACAAUGUACAAUUAACAUCAACCUCGUUUGCACUUGCCUGGAUGCAUGUGCGUGUAGGUGAUUGCAAUGUACCCCUCACCUUCCCUAAGAACCACUGUUCUAGCCCUUUGGGGACAACUCAAGGAGCCAAGGAUUGGGAUGUUCUUCGUUACUUAACACGGCAGUGCCUACUGAGAGGAACAAGCAGAUACAGGUUAAAAUAGUUAAAGAGGGUUAAAAAUGGAAAUGCUAUCAAUACUGUAUGCAGUCUGGAUGUAGUUUUUGCCUUAAAAUUAGGAAAUUCCUACAAUUAGAUUGUGAGAAAAAAAGUCUGAAUAUAACUGAUUCAAAACAGUUGAUUCCAGGCUUUGGAGAGCUGAUCCGUUUAAUUUUAUUGGUAGUAGUAUGUUUAUUGACCUGCUACAUACAGAAAAUCACACAGAUCCUAAAGGCACAGCUUGAUAAACUUUGGUGAAUACACCCCUAUAUCCAGUACCCAAAUCAAGAAAGAGAAGUUUACUACACCCCAGAAGUCCCCAUGUGCUCCCCUGCAGUCCCUGUCCCAAGAGGAGUAACCUCUAUCUUGACCUCACCAUGGUUAGUAAGCUAGCUCUUGAUGUUUCUACAAAUGGAUUGCUCAGUGUAUAACCUGUGGCUGGCUUCUUCUCAGUGUUACAUUUGUGAGAGUCAUCUGUGUAGUUGGGCUCCAUUCAUUCUCAUUACUCUAUAGUAUUCCAUUACAGAUAUACCACAGUUUAUUCAUCCAUCCUGUGAUACCUGGACAUUUGGUUGUUUCCAGUUUGGGGCCAUUAUGAAUCGUGAAGGAAUACUACAGCCUGGACCGUUUGUUGCCUCCUGUCUGCCUGUGUUUCUUUGUGACUUUACCACCACUGCCGACGUCUGUUCUGGAAGGCUUUCUGAGGACUUGAGCACAGAAGACAGCUGCUCAGAUGGCUUAGGGACUGCUCCACAAAAGGUGAGCUCAAGAAAGCCCGGCGCCCACUCUGGUGAGUUGCUGCUGAGAACUUUGGGAUCCGCAGGGAGGGAGAAGGGAAGUGACUUGGGAAGCUCUUUGGACCUGUUGGCGUGGCUGUCUUCCUCAUGGCUUUACCCAGCCGCUCCAGCAGAGACUGCUCCAAUAUCAUCGAUCACAGCCAUGUUCCCGAAUUCGAGGUGGCCACCGGGAUCAAAAUCACCCUCAGUCUGGUGUACCUGAGCAUCUUCGUGGUGGGCAUCCUGGGGAACAGCGUCACCAUUCGGGUUACCCAGGUGCUACAGAAGAAAGGCUACCUGCAGAAGGAGGUGACAGAUCACAUGGUGAGCCUGGCUUGCUCGGACAUCCUGGUCUUCCUUGUUGGCAUGCCCGUGGAGUUCUACAGCAUCAUCUGGAACCCCCUGACCACGCCCAGCUACACCGUGUCCUGUAAGCUGCACACUUUCCUCUUCGAGACUUGCAGCUACGCCACGCUGCUGCACGUGCUGACGCUCAGCUUCGAGCGCUAUAUCGCCAUCUGCCACCCCUUCAGAUAUAAGGCUGUGGCUGGGCCCUUCCAAGUGAAGCUGCUGAUUGGCUUCGUCUGGGUCACCUCCGCCCUGGUGGCACUGCCUUUGCUUUUCGCCAUGGGAGUCGAGUACCCCUUGGUGACCGUGCCCAGUCACCGGGGGCUAAUUUGCAACUUCUCCCGCACCCACCACCAUGAGCUGCCGGAGGAGAGUUUCAACAUGUCCAUCUGUACCAGCCUCUCCAGCCGCUGGAUCGUGUUCCAGUCCAGCAUUUUCGGUGCCUUCGUCAUCUACCUUGUGGUCCUGGUCUCCGUGGCCUUCAUGUGCUGGAACAUGAUGCAAGUGCUGGGAAGGAGUAAGCAGGGCACGCUGGCAGCCUCGGGGCAGCAGCUGCAGCUGAGGAAGUCGGAGAGUGAGGAGAGCAGGACCGCCAGGGGGCAGACCAUCAUCUUCCUGAGGCUGAUUGUUGUGAUGCUGGCGGUCUGCUGGAUGCCUAACCAGGUUCGGAGGAUCAUGGCUGCAGCCAAACCCAAGCAUGACUGGACCAAGUCCUACUUCCGGGCGUACAUGAUCCUCCUCCCCUUCGCAGACACCUUCUUUUACCUGAGCUCGGUGGUCAACCCGCUGCUGUACAACGUGUCCUCGCAGCAGUUCCGCAAGGUGUUCCGGCAGGUGCUGUGCUGCCGCCUGGCGCUGCCGCACGCCAACCAGGAGAAGCACCUGCGCUCCCACGUGGCCUCAGCCGUGGACAGCGCCCGCUCCCCGCGGCGCCCGCUCAUCUUCCUGGCCUCCCGGCGCGGUUCCUCUGCAAGGAACACUAACAGGGUUUUCUUAAGUACUUUUCAGAACCAAGCCAAGUCUGAGUCCGAGCCUCAGGAGGUGAGCCGGGAGUCCCUAGAAUCCAACUCAGAGGCUAAACCAGCCAGCCCUGCCAUGGAGAAUGGUUUUCAGGAGCAUGAAUUGUGACCAUCGAGGAAGGAGGCCUGGAGUGCUAACCACCAGCCCUCCCGACGUGAAAGCAGUGUUACCCUCACGCAGUAGUGACAAAAGCAGCUGUGCCCCCACCAGGGACAGGAGUGGAAGCCAGGGGCCUGGGCACAGUCAGAUGCCCACUUGAGGGCUGGUUCUGCCAGCCUGGCCUCGACUCUGGGGACAGACAGGGCCGACUUUCACUCCCCUUCCUUCCUUCAAGGACAUACUGUAAAUUCAGUCAGCCUGGACUGAUUCAGCGCUCACAAAAAUUUUUUCACAUUCAGAUCUUUCAUUAUUUGCAAAGGAACUAAACGAAAGAACACAGCUUCCCCUCCCUACCCGGAACUGAAGGACAUCCAGAAGAAUCUCGGGGAGCAGGGGGGUGGCAGACCAGAAGAACACUGCAGGAGGGGCCGGCAUCUCCUUCGGCUUCAGCAGUGUGCCAAGAACAGGGCUAACAUGAGGAGCAGGAUGGUGCUGGGGAGCCCUGGCCGCAGGGCGGAGGCGGAGCUGCUCCUUUUCUUGGGCCGGGGCCCGUUGCAAAGAGGGGUGUUGCAGCAGCUGAUGCACACCGAGUUCAGUUUCCCCGGGGAGCAGAAGGACUGGUACCCAGCAGAGGCGAUGAGGCAGGCGGCGGAGGAUGCACACGACUUGCGGUACAUGAUCCCUGUAACACAAACCCGAAGGAGCUGGGUUAACCAGCCUGUGCUGGCCAAGAGGACGGCCUCCGUCUGAGCCCAAAUUCCCGUGGACAGCACCUUCUUACUCCUAUCGCCCAGAAACAUGGUGGGGCCAGGGAGCUCAUUCGGAUUGCUUCAUUGAGACCCCCAGACUACCCGACAUACGCAGUGAAGGUAGUCAUCACUUAACUUGCUCGUGACAGUUUUUCUCAGAGCUAUUUGAGAUGCCAAUACCAGUGAAUAAAGAGCUGUUACAAUCAAA